CCGCGCUCUCGCGAGGCCGGGGCCGUGCGUUGAUUGGCUGUGGGGGGUUGAAUGUAAGAUGGCGCCCAGGGAGCUGUGAGGGGAAAAGACUCGGGGCCGAGGCGGCGGCGGCGCGAGGCGACGGCGGCAGCGGGGCCGGGAACGUUACAAGUCUAAGAGCUCAGGACAAGAGCAGCAGAAAUACAUGCAACAUGGUGACUGGAACCCUAAGGACCUUGCAAUAUGAAUAAUUCUCUGGAGAACACCAUUUCCUUUGAAGAAUACAUCCGUGUGAAGGCACGAACAAUCCCCCAGCACAGGAUGAAGGAGUUUCUGGACUCCCUUGCUUCCAAGGGGCCAGAAGCUCUGCAGGAGUUUCAGCAGACGGCCACCACCACAAUGGUGUAUCAGCAGGGUGGCAACUGCAUUUACACAGACAGCACAGAGGUGGCUGGGUCUUUGCUUGAACUUGCUUGUCCUGUGACAACCAGUGUCCAGCAGCAAACUCAGCCAGAGCAGCAAAUACAGGUUCAGCAACCCCAGCAAGUCCAGGUUCAGGUCCAAGUCCAGCAGUCACCGCAGCAGGUCUCUGCCCAGCAGCUCUCUCCACAGCUCACUGUCCAUCAGGCUUCAGAGCAACCAAUACAGGUCCAAGUGCAGAUCCAAGGCCAGGCGCAGCAGCAGGCGUCCCAGACAAUACAGAGUCAAUCUCUUCAGAGCCCCAGCCCAUCUCAGCUGCAGGCAGCUCAAAUCCAAGUGCAGCAUGUGCAGACUGCCCAACAGAUCCAGGCUGCGGAGAUACAGGAGGAACACAUACAACACCAGCAGAUCCAGGCCCAGCUUGUGGCGGGACAGGCCAUUACUGGUGGCCAGCAGAUACAGAUCCAAACAGUUGGGGCACUGUCACCUCCACCUUCUCAACAAGGCUCUCCACGAGAGGGAGAGCGGCGGAUCAGCACUGCUAGUGUCCUUCAGCCAGUGAAGAAACGUAAAGUGGAUAUGCCUAUUACUGUAUCGUAUGCUAUUUCAGGGCAGCCAGUUGCCACAGUGCUGGCCAUUCCUCAGGGCCAGCAGCAAAGUUACGUCUCUUUAAGGCCAGACUUGUUAACAGUGGACAGCGCCCAUCUAUACAGUGCCACUGGGACCAUCACUAGCCCCACUGGAGAGACUUGGACCAUCCCUGUUUACUCCGCUCAACCGCGUGGUGACCUUCAGCAGCAAAACAUAACCCACAUCGCCAUCCCUCAGGAGGCCUACAAUGCCGUCCACGUCAGUGGCUCGCCAACGACACUGGCUACUGUGAAGCUGGAAGACGACAAGGAUAAGAUGGUGGGAAGUACUUCAGUAGUGAAGAACUCUCAUGAGGAAGUGGUGCAGACUCUCGCUAAUUCGCUCUUUCCAGCACAGUUUAUGAAUGGCAACAUCCACAUUCCAGUGGCAGUGCAGGCUGUGGCAGGGACGUACCAGAAUACAGCACAGACAGUGCACAUAUGGGACCCGCAGCAGCAACAGCAGCAGCCCACAUCCCAAGAGCAGGGGCAGCAGCAGCAGCAGCUACAAGUCACUUGCUCAGCUCAAACUGUUCAGGUUGCUGAAGUUGAACCACAGCAACAGCCACAGACUUCACCUGAACUUCUACUUCCAAACUCUCUGAAGCCAGAAGAAGGGCUUGAAGUAUGGAAAAGCUGGGCACAGACCAAGAAUGCAGAGCUGGAAAAAGAAGCCCAAAAUAGGCUAGCACCUAUUGGAAGGCGUCAGCUGCUGAGGUUCCAGGAAGAUCUCAUCUCUUCAGCUGUGGCUGAGCUGAAUUAUGGUCUAUGCUUAAUGACACGAGAAGCUCGAAAUGGUGAUGGUGAACCCUAUGAUCCAGAUGUGCUCUACUAUAUCUUCCUCUGUAUUCAGAAGUAUCUCUUUGAAAAUGGCCGGGUAGAUGACAUCUUCUCAGAUCUCUACUAUAUUCGGUUCACUGAAUGGCUGCAUGAAGUUCUCAAGGACGUACAGCCCCGUGUUUCCCCUCUUGGUUAUGUCCUCUCCAGUCAUGUAACAGAAGAGAUGCUGUGGGAGUGUAAGCAGCUAGGAGCUCACUCCCCUUCCACCUUGCUCACCACACUGAUGUUUUUUAAUACAAAGUACUUCCUGUUGAAAACAGUAGACCAGCACAUGAAGCUGGCCUUCUCCAAGGUGUUGAGGCAGACCAAGAAGAACCCGUCUAAUCCCAAGGAUAAAAGCACGAGUAUCCGCUAUCUGAAGGCUUCUGGCAUACACCAGACAGGACAGAAAGUUACAGAUGACAUGUAUGCAGAGCAGACUGAGAAUCCAGAGAACCCCCUGAGGUGUCCGAUAAAGCUGUAUGACUUCUACCUCUUCAAAUGCCCCCAGAGUGUGAAAGGCCGGAAUGACACGUUUUACUUGACACCGGAGCCGGUGGUGGCCCCCAACAGCCCUAUCUGGUAUUCCAUCCAGCCGAUCAGCAGAGAGCAGAUGGAGCAGAUGCUCACCCGGAUCCUGGUGAUACGAGAGAUUCAGGAAGCUAUUGCUGUGGCUAAUGCCAGCACCAUGCACUAAGGCAUCCUUCUUGGCUCAGAAGGGGUGGGGUGGGGUGAUGGGGGAGGGACAAGCAAAGAUAAAUUGUACAGACUUUUACACUAAAGGAGAUGCCUAAGUUUUUGGUUUUUUAUUGGUGUAGUUAUGAAGCCCUUUUAGGCUUCUUCUCUUUAAAAGAAUCUAAAGGAAAACCUACCCAUUGUGUAUCCUACCCAACACACCAAACUGUUGGAACCAUUUGGAGGCUGCAUAUCCCCUGCGAGCUGUGGAAAGCUGCUGGUUGACUCUGGUGUUUUUUUAUGAUGUAGAAAACAUGAACUACAGGAUUGGCCUGGAUGGCUGGGGCCUCUGUCUCCUUGGAGCACGUGCAGCCUAGAGGGCACAGAAUGAUGGAUGGACCUGCUCAGCCAGUGGAGGAGAGGCAGGCAUCUUCUUUUCUUGUGCUUGGACGUUAAUUUGCUGUUAUCUUGGAAGGAAGAGGAGAGAGUGAACUGCAAUUGUGAUUUAUACAAAAAACAAACCAACGAUUUCUAUUCAGACCUUUAAGUGACAUUUUUAGAUGUUAAAAGUACAAACUUUACCACACUCUUCUUUUUUGGCCUAACAUUGAGGCCUUAAACCUUGAGGCUCCUGUGCCUGAUGGAAUUCUUGUAACAUACACUUGUGUAUCAUAUAAAGAUACCACCCUGUUUCUCUUAUGUAUUCUUACUCUAGUUGUUUAUUAAGAAUGACGAGCACGUCUUUUCAACAUGCCAUUGAACAAUGUGUCUUUAUUUGGGGAAGAGUGAGCUGUGAGGGUGGGGGGGGUCAUUAUACAAAGAUCAGUAUGCAAACUGGUUGUUUUCAUCCCUGUUUGUGCUUUCCAGCUUGACUCUGCUGGACUUCUUUCACCCCUACAAAUUAGGAAGGUAGAAGGGGAUUAAUUUCUGUUGAAGGACCUGAAUGUCUGCUUGCUGAUGGAAGCUCAGUGUCAGGCUAGGAACAUGGGAUCUGUGAGACCAGAUCAGAUUGUCAGUCUGUCCUAAUGUUCUGUGGCCAGCCUGUGAGGCUUCACCCCUAGGCAAAUUCCCCUCUCCUCACCUUUACAAACGCAUCACACCGACGGCAUGAUGGAGGGGUGUUGGAGGGAAAAGGCCUUCCAGGAGCAGCACAUGGCUUACUCCUGCCAUUUUAACAGCCUUUUCACAGUUUUUAACACAGCUGUGUAGCUUCAUGAUCAUAACCCCCAACCCUGUAGCCUUGCCUUGCUGCAUCUUAAAUGUUGCUGUAUUUUAUAUCAUUAACAAGUAGUCUGCUCUUUUGAAGCCAGCAGGUAGCCAACCAUGCUUGAAAAGGGAGAUCACUCUAGCCAGGCUUGUUAUUUGUGCCACCGGUUUCUUGGAUGCAGAGAGAUGACUCUGCUUCUUGAACUUGUCUUCCCUGCUUCUCCAUCUCAUGUCCCUUCCCUGUUCCAAAAUAUAUAGAGAUAUAUUUAAAUAUAUAUUACAGUAAAAGAACUUAAACUCAUGUACAGGCAAGCAAUUUUUCUGAAGCUUCUGUUGACCAGCACCUGUCUGUAUUGAGAAGCAAGGUCUGCCCUCUCUUGUUGGUUGUGCAAAGUGUAAAUCUGCACAUAGGAUGAGAGUAGCCAUACUGUUCCCUGCCUUUGUGCUCUUGAUCAGUGUUGAGGUGUGCGGUCUUAGAGGCUUCAAGCCUCUGAUGCUUCAUAUUGACAUUAGUGUUCAGGAGAAAGCAGAUGUGCUCAAGUUGGUUGUAAGUGUGAGCAGUUUGUUCCCUGCAUAGGACUCUGUGCUCAAAUAAGUGCAGAGAGGUGAAGUAGCAACACACUGUUGUUUACUAAUACCUGUACUCUAAAGUAGACUCUUAGCUCAGUGUCUGCCCUCAGGGUCAUCCCAGGGGAACAUAGCCUGGGGUUGGUGCCCAGAUCCCAGUGGGUAAGUUGGGAAGAUGGUGCCCGGGUGGUGUGUGGUGCUGGCAACGCCUACCCUCAGCUCAGUUCAGCUGUUGGGGGCCAGCAGUUGCCCCCUGGUAGGGUGGCUGUCGGGAUUGCGAAUAUUGCUUCAGCUGGCAGAAGCCUGUAAUCCCUUCACUGUGUCUUAGUGACUGGAAUGUCCAUGUCUGGCCCUAAUUUAAGUAUUUAAGGACAUGGUUAGGAGCAAGCUCCCACUGUUUCAAGCAGCUGGAUAUGCUUGUUGCUCAGGAUGCCCGACAGGCUGGCAGAGUGAAUUUCCCAUUCUUUUGGGCAGUUUUUCCUGUCGUCUGAACGGAGUUACAAAGAUGUGAGAGAAACUGCAGACACCUGUGCUCUAGUCCCACUGUGCACUCCGCAAUACGGCACGGGAAGCUGGCUCCAGCAUGCCUGCACCUCAGCGUGAGCCUGCUGCUUUGUCCGUCUCCAUCGGAAACGCAGUGGGUGUUGAAGGGAUCUGCCAGAUAUCCAGCGUACAAGUCACUUCAUUAGGUGGCUUUGGGAGUCACCUCUUACUCUAAAACUUGCCAGAAGCUGGAAUAACUGGACAGAAUAUUAGGGCAGUUCCAGGUUAGGGGUGAACAGGUACUUCAGCUGAGCUUUCUGGGGAAACAAUUCCUUGUUACCCUUAAAAUUCUAGAUUGUGCACUUUCCUUACUACCCUUAACUGCAGGAUGAUCUAAAAAUCUUUGUUCUCCCUGAUCUUGGAGUAUACCCCUUAAGAGCAGGGGAACUUGGCACAUGGUGAGUUAUGGAGAUCUCAUGAUGAUUGGUUUUGUCCUGACAGACUGAAGUGUUUCCAUUGUUUUGUCAUUGUUCGGAUGCACAUAGGAGAGGGAUUUGCUGAUGCGGAAGUGGACUGCUGUACUGUUCUGUACUGUCUCAUCAGAAUGUCCACCAUGUUAACUUCAUUCCCUAUUUUUAGAGACAAUCGAUAUACUGUGACUUAAGGAUUAUUUUCCUGGACCUGGCUUUCUAGUCUGGCUCUCUGGAGCUAGUUUAAAAGGUACAGUAUUUCUAGAAUAUAAAUACUAUGUUCUUUGAUAGUGAAGAACAUGAUCUGCUCCCUUUUAGGGGCUCAUAGGAAGACGUGCACAGAGUAGCACAGAAGAGUGCUGUGGCAUAGGGUUGCUAUCCAAGUUCUGGGAAAUGUUCCCAGUCAAACAUGUAAAAUAGCUUUUUAACACUUUACUAUAACCAGCUUGAUUGCUGCUUAAAGGGCAUUCCCCUAGGCUCCGAGAGUGCCAAACUGCUAGCUCUUGUAUGUGUGUAUAUAUUAAACAAGAACUCUCCAUGCCCUACGCCUUGUAUGAGACAGGCUGAAAAUGCACCAAUCUCUAAAUAAAGCUGAGAAAAGUCAAGCUAGAGACCCUGCAUCGUUGGUUUCGAACUAUGCCCAUCUUGUCUCUGCGCUAUGAAAGGAAGCAUAGAAAGCAGAGCAUGACUGACUAUUGUAAAGCACCUCAUUCUGACAUGAGGCUCAUGUAUUGUCCUCUCUCUUGACACUAAUAGCGUUGCUUUCCUAAAGAAACUUGUAGCCUCUUACACCCUUGUCUACGGCACCAUUAGAUUUUUCAUUUACUUUCCAAGAGUUCAAGCAUUUCCUCUUAAGUGAUAAUGGCUGAGGCAGCAGAGAGCAGACUAGAGAGUGGCUCUUCACUCCUGUCUAGAGUGGUGAGGAAAGGGAACAGUCUGAGUAACUUAACAGGGCUGUCAUCUGUUGGCUGCUUCACCGCUAGUGAUCUCCUGGAUUUUAGAUGGGAGACAAGGUCUGAAGGAGUUCCUGAACUGUUCUGCCUUGGACCAAUGAAAAAAAGACUUAAUCUGAUCCCUAAGUAAGAAUCCUCUUCUGUACUGCUGCUCCUAGGGCAGAAAUGAAGGCAGUCUUGUUCUCAACUGCAUCAGGGCUACUGUCUGCCUCAGUGUAUGUAGAAGGGAUUAGGCCAUCUUCAGGCCUCCUAUGCUGUGAUAAGAACAGAUCCAGAAGUGGUAGAAAAGAGCCCUCUGAGCAUAUGUGGGGUGGAGGACUUGCUCAUCUUCUUGCUGGUCUGAGUGCUGCUGGACAUUGGUUAACUGCACAGUCCAACCAAACUGCAUUCUCAUCCAAGUUUAAUAGUGACUGACUUGCAAUUAGCAUUUGGACUCUUAAAUAACUGUUAAAGUGGGAUAUAAACUGUCUUCCACCCUAUAUGGGGUUUUUCUCCCCAUCUUCUUGCUGGAGCUGCUCCUCUCAAAUACUACAGGGAACUGAACCUUAUCCUGAUGUUUCAGCCUGUUCUGUUUUACUGGUGCCAAUGCAUAGGAGAGAGCACUUGUCAGCUCAAGCAUCUUCCUACCUUAAGGAGCAUCUCAAAUCUUCUUCCAGAAAUCUCACCGACGUGCUGCCCCAAAAUCUCUGAAGCAAUUGCUGUGUCCCCUGCUUGUCAGUUCCCUUUGUUGCGAGGCUGAAGCUUGGCUCUCAGCGCUGCGGUCACCUUCCCUGUCUAACCUUCUGCAUGGCAGCCACGUUUGCCUGCUUCUCUGUUCUUGUUUGAGCUCAUCAGAAUGGGGAGGCAGAUUGAGCCCACUUACAGCAGCAAUAAACCGUGUCUAGAACACGAGAGGGAACUGCAGGAGAGGACGAGGUGGAGAGGAUGUCUCAGAAAGGCAGGGUCCCAUUGCAGCCCAGAGCCUCGCUUAAUAAUGAGUGUGCAGCCUAUAUGCAAAAUACGUCUUGUCUAUCCCUCCCGUGUUGACCCUGGUCUAAACAGCACAUGUGAUUGGCAUCCUGCAAAGUGACCUUCAGAACUCUCCAGUAGCUUUGCCCCGUGAGUAACUCACACUACAAAUCAUUUUAAAGAGAUGCACUCAACUAUUUUUUUAAUUUAAUUUUACUCUUAUAUUCUCUGCUCUUUGUAAUCUGCUUGGAAAUAAAAUGUUUUUCC